GUGCAGCAGCAGAUGCAUCGGCGCUUCAGAGACGGGCUACACAGAGAACAGGCAAAAGAGAAAAGUGAUAUUUCAACAGUGGUAAUUAUCACCACACGGUCCCUCUGCGUAUUGUCUUGGAGCUAAGUUCUUUUGCUUCAUAUUGUGGCUCAUGCUGUAAUCAGGUAUCUUCUAUGUCUCUCAGCGUCUCCAUGUCAUCUCCGUGCCUCAGCAGCAUCCUAACUCUGGCCAACCUCACCAUGUAUCAGACUGGCAGCGCUGAUGUCCCAGAGCAGCCCAGUGUGCUGCAGAACAGCAACUCAACAUACAGCUCCAUCAUGAGCGGUCAGUUGUACAGGCAGAUCAGCCCUCGCUGGUGGACAGCAGAUAACGUCCUGGAGUGGAUCAGUGACCAAGUAGAAAGUACCAAGUUUGAUGCGAGCAAUUUGAAUCUGGCCUACUGCACCAUGGAUGGCCCUUCUCUCUGCCAGAUGAACAGGGAACAGAUGAUGGGGGUGUUCGGCCCACAGCUCGGUCUACAUCUUCAACAGAGUCUGCAGGAACACAACACCAAACAUGAGCUGCUGAGCCUGUCGGGAUCAGAGCUGAAUGAGACCUGCCAGCUCUUGGACAACUUCCUGGACAACCUGAACUUCCCUUUGCUCAGCACCAUUAGAAUUGGCCAAGUGGAAGGACCUGUCACCAAGAGGGAGUUUGACUACAGGGAUGAUUAUGAUCUGAGCAGUCUGACCAUGGAGCUGGCAGACACUGACUACCUGUCUGAUAACCACUCUGAUAGCGAGUACAGCUCCUCCUCUAACAGUGGCAUGUUUGACCUCUCAAGCCACGGUUCACCAGUGUCUGGCAGCGGCGAAUCAGAACCAGAGUUCUCUUAUCCUCUGAUAUCAAAGGUGAACAUCAAAACAGAGAAAGUAGAGUCUCGGCUGAAGCGACCACGUGGGCGACCCCCCAAAGUUAAUAGAGAACACAGCAGCAGCGUUUAUGACCAUCCAAAGAAAAUUAAACAUGCGCCUCGUGGCACUCACCUAUGGGAGUUCAUCAGGGACAUUCUGAUCCACCCAGAGAGAAAUGAAGGCCUGAUGAAAUGGGAGGAUCGUCAGGAGGGUGUCUUUAAGUUCCUCAAGUCUGAGGCUGUGGCUCAGAUGUGGGGCCAGAAGAAAAAAAACAGCAGCAUGACGUACGAAAAACUCAGUCGUGCCAUGAGGUAUUACUAUAAGAGGGAGAUCUUGGAGAGAGUCGAUGGCCGGAGACUUGUUUACAAAUUCGGAAAGAAUUCCAGCGGCUGGAAGAUUGAGGAGAUUGGAAAGGGCGUGUGAAGUGUUAGUCAUAGAGUGGGGAGUAAGAGUUCACAAACUAAAAAGAUUGUGCAGCGGAAAAAACAAACUUGCUGCCCCAUAUGUUUAAGACACUAACUUCCUUCAAGCAAGGAAGGUGUUGCAGAAAACGUAAGCCAGUGUUUUUGGCUCUAGUAGGUUUUAUGAACCAAUGUUAAUAUUGUACCUGUUUUGUGUUUUUUUGAUUGUCACUGCAGUAACUUUACUGUGUGCGCAGCUGGGGUGUCCUGAACUAAUAUUAAUAUAACUGUAAUAAUACAUUUGAUUUAUAUAGCGCUUUUAAAGGUACUGAAAGUCUAAAAGAAUUUGCAUUCAGCCAAGUCGACUGUACUUCAUGAUUCAUAAUCAUGUUUUUUUGUUUUUGUUCAUUAAUCCCCUUGUGUUUAAGCUCUAUGAUGUAAGAGCAGAGCAGAGCAGUGAGACUGUGUGUGUGUGUGUGUGUGUGUGUGUGUGUGUGUGUGUGUGUGUGUGUACUUUUUUAUCGUACUGAGGCGGUGCAGAAGAACAGACAGAGGGUAUUAGGUUCUGUGUUUUUUGGCUGUACAUAAAAUCAGUUUGGGCCUACAUUAAUUCACCUCUGUCAAAUCAGGCACUCAAAUCAAAUAUUCAAUAUUUACUAUUCAGACAAUUCAGGGUCACCCCUAGCACACAGUAACUAAAAUGAAGAUUGUUUUGGAUGCUUAUGAGUUUUUGCCCACAUAAAGAGGCUUAAAUUCACUCUGGUGUUUCUUUCGUGAUGCAGGAGUAACUCAUCCUCAUCUUUAACUUUGUUUGUUUCGGUAAAAGGGCAUUUAUGACUGUAUUGUGUUCUAUUGUUGUUGUUUUUUCUCACUUUCAUAUUAAUGCCUUGUUACUGUAAAACUUUGAUCAAAGGUUUUUAUAUACGAUUGUAAAAUCAGUUGUGGAUCUCAAUCUAGGAGCAAAUUUCUGACGUCUUCUAUUGGUACACUUAUUGUGAAGGACAAAGAAAGAGUUCACUUCACAUUAAUAUCGUAAUGAUGUGCACUACAUGUCUAUCAGUAUCACUUAUUAUAAAGUGUGUUUACAGAAUGUAAAAAGUAAAAAGUAGUUUCAAAGCAACUAUAUCAUCUUAUUGUCUGAGUUUUUAAUGUGUUAUUGUGAUUAUUCCACUUUCCUGUCAUU